UUUCUUUUUCGCCAGUCCAACGAACGACGCUCGCGAGUGCAGAAGCGUUAACGGUAAACCUACGGCCGUACAAACUACGGUAGCUAGACGUAGGCGUAGCAUUAGUAGUGUAGUGCAGUGUAGUGUUUUCGAAUUUGGUUAAGUGAAGUGAAGACGGGGGUUGAAAAUAACCAUAAAAUACAAAUACAAGUCGGAAAAGCAUCAAAAGCCAGUCAUAAAAUUUUACAGAGUGACUUGCCAAAAAGCAAAAUAAAAAGAAAGAAAGAAAAAGAAAGUAAAAAUUAAACACAAGUGCUUUCUUGUGGUGCGAAAAUCUCACGAAGGAAAAUCCCCCAGAGAGGAAAAAAGAAACAAGGCCCACUGUGCGUUGAGCCACACAUAAUGGAAGUCUAAAGAGAGUGUCACUAAUUGAACGCUUAUUGGCUGGAUAUUCGCAGGACAUCUCGUAAUUGAAUGGGAGUUUGCUGUACAAGAGGGACCUCCAGCUCAGCUGCCAAGUCAGAAUGUUUGAGCAUCGAUUAGUUCAGAGUUGUGGCAGUUGAGGCAUCAAGGAGAGAGCUCGAGAUCAUCCUUACCGCCCACUCACACGCCCGAUUUCCGGUGGGUUCUAGUUCUGAGUGAGUCCCUCCCGAGUGCCCGAGUGUGCGUGGGUGUGUGUGCGUGCGGUGGUGCCUGUGCGCUUGGGUGUAUUGGUGGUGGUUAGCAUGCAAAUCAACGGUCUUGCUGCCGGACCAACGAUGGCAGCCUCAGAGCCACCAGAGCCGCCGCCGCGCAAUCCGGAUCGCAUAAACGCCUCGCUGCACAAGCUGGGCGAAUCCAAAAUUGUGAAAUCCUUGGACUCGUCACUGGUCACAACACUAAAGGAGAAGACGGCUUCGGUCAACAAUAACAAGCCCAUAAGGCCGCUACUUUCGCUGGACAACUCUGUCAUUGCCUCGACCUCAGGUGGAGCGGGAAACGGUACUGGCGGUGGUGGAGCUCCUGUCAAGCCUUCACCACUGGUUUUGGCCUCUAAACGAGACCUCACGCCCAGCAACGAGAGCGGCUCAUCGCCGGCCAGCUCGAAUGGCAGUAACCAGACCCUCACCCCACCCAUGACCGCUGACAAUCAGCCCCUCCAACUGCAGCAGCAACAGCAGCAGCCUCACAGGUCACCAGCGUAUCCUGGGAAAGGAGAACCUGCCGCUGGGACACAUCAGCAGCAGCAACAGCAACAGCAUCAGCAGCAAUUACCGAAUGGCACCGGCAACUCCAGUCACACAGCCAUGAUCCAUGCGAAUAACUCGAAUUUAAUUGCCGCAGGUCACUUGGCUCAGCCGGCAGGCUCCGGGUCUGCCACCGUCUCCGGGUCCGGGUCCGGACCCAGCCCCUCCAGCGCUGGUGCACUGAAUGCAGUCGACAAGCGAAAUGCCAACGAUGUGUGCUCGAUUGCCAAAUUAACGGAUCCGGACAUUUUGGCCCUGAGUAUGAAUAUGGUGGGACCGCCGCACUCGCCGACCUCCGCCGCCUCGGCGGCCCUGCUCCUGCUGGAGGAGUCCUGCGACGGCAAUCGCAACGACGAGUCAAGGUUCCAUUUGCCCGGAUCAGAAUCCGCCAUGAAGCUUCGUGAGGAGAAUGACCGUCUCAAUACCGAACUACUUCGGCUGAGGCGACUCCUCGAACUUUCCACAGAUGGAGCCGUGGGUGGUGUGGAUGCCACACCCGAAACAGAGGCAAGUGGAUCCACUGAAGGAUCUGCCGCCAAAGAGCGCAUCGAGCGCCUUGAAUCUGAACUGAGAUCCGUAAAGAACCAGCUCCUGACCAUGCGACUGGAGCGAAAGAAACUCCGAACGGAUAAAUCCGAUUUACUGGGACAGGUGAAGCAACUGUGCGCCUCGUUGCAGGAGAAAGAGCAGGAGCUGCGCGACUUUAUCCGGAACUAUCAGGAGCGAGUUCGGGAAACGGAAACGACCAAUGCCAAGAUAUCUGGUGAUCGGGACCGGGAGAGAUUCCAGCUUCUUAAACAGGCUCGGGAUGAGGCGGAGCGCUCUCUGGCUUUGGCCCAGCAACUCUCCUCCCGAGACCUCCAGCUGCAGAGGCUGCAGGAACAGCUCCAGGAGGCACGGCGACAGCUGACAGGAUGCCUCUCCGACCAGGAGAGCCUCCACUCGUUCGCCCCACUGACACCACCUUCCGCUGCAUCCGGAAUGCUCAGCCAAAUGGUGGCCGGCUCCGGCAUGGGUGGUGGCUUGGCCGGCAUCCGGGGCACCACCGAAGACAGUGGGCGUGGCAACUCGUUGUCCGCCUUCAGUGGCAGUCUGAGUGGCGGGUCCGGAGCCACGGCCGGGGAUAGGAACUCCUGUUCGAAUGACUCCGGAUUGAGGAACAGCAGCGAUCGCGAAAGCACCGGCGGGGAGUUGAACUUCAGUGACGGCACCUGCGACAACGGCCCCUGCAUCACGGUGGAUCCGGACAGCAUCUCGCUAGUGUCCAGCCAAAAUAUGUAUCAAUUUGGAACCCCCAAAGAACGAAGCCCCACACUAUCUCCAUUAAAUUCAGCGGCUUACUCCAGGUCGGUGGAGCAGUUGGGCUCUCCGGUGGAUCCCGAAGGCCCUGGUGGUGGUGCAAUAAGUCGGAAGUUUGCAGCUGCCAGCAAGAGUGGCCCUCUGGGAGCUCGCAAUGGUCGCGGUGGUACUUGGGGAAGUAUAUCCCGGGUCUUUGCUCGAUCUCGAAAUAAGAGUAAGGCCCUUUCCGCUGACGGAGUGACUGAAUACGCCGACUACUCGUGGAAUCCUUUGACGGAGGAGGGCUACGCCGAGAAGCUGCGUCUGCUGAGGGAAGCCUCACAGUUGCCCAUCGAUCGCUGGCGUGCCACACAGGUCCUGGCCUGGCUGGAGGUUGCUCUUGGUAUGCCCCAGUAUAGUGCCAGGUGUGCGGAGAAUGUAAAAAGCGGCAAAGUCCUGCUGGAGCUGAAUGACGUCGAGCUGGAGGCGGGACUGGGUCUGGCCCAUCCCAUGCAUCGUAAAAAACUUCGGCUGGCCAUCGAGGAGCAGCGGCGACCGGAACUGGUCCGAUAUCCGCUAAUCACGCAACUGGGACACACCUGGGUAGCCUCCGAGUGGCUGCCGGACAUCGGGCUGCCCCAGUACGCGGAGCCGUUCGUCCAGUCGCUGGUCGAUGCCCGAAUGCUGGACACGCUCUCCAAGAAGGAGCUGGAAAAGUUCUUGGGCGUCACACGGAAGUUCCAUCAGGCCAGCAUUGUGCAUGGUAUCCACGUGUUGCGCAUCGUCAAGUACGACAGACAGACGCUGGCCAUGCGCCGAGUGCAAUCGGAGACGGUGGACACGGACCCCAUUGUUUGGACAAACCAGCGAUUCAUCCGCUGGGUGCGAUCCAUCGACCUGGGCGAGUACGCCGACAAUUUGAAGGACAGCGGAGUGCACGGCGGACUGGUGGUGUUGGAGCCAUCCUUUUCCGGUGACACCAUGGCCACGGCAUUGGGUAUUCCCCCCUCGAAAAACAUAAUACGGCGACAUCUAAACACGGAAUUCGAUGCGCUUAUUUUGCCUGCUCGAGCGACUCUGGGUCAAGGCAUCCGUUCCGGUUGCGGCGUAGUGCCUCUGACAGGACCCGGCGGAUUGCAGCACUAUGCCACAACAGAUCGCCGUUCAAGCGGCAGCCUCAGGAUUUCGGCAUGGAAAGGAUCCCAGAGUUCCCUUUCAAAAGCCUUUCGGUUCAACAGCAAGCCCCAUCGGUCCGGUGACCGGAGCUCCUUCGGCAACUCCACCUCCCCAACGCCCUCGUACAGCAGCAGCGAGGGUGGCGGGGGAAUAUACGCAACCAUAGGCCACCAGUACUCCAAUCCGCAUCAUCACCAGCAGCAGCAGCAGCAUUAUCACCACUUUCUGCCUCCGCCGACGACUGCACCACCGCCUAUACCCACGGCAGGUGGCAACUACGGGCCACCGGGUCACAGGGUUAGUGCUCCGCCCGUGGGCGGUGUAGGGCCGUUGGACGGCAUGGGCGUGGCCGAGGCACAGAUGCUCUAUGAGCAGAGCAGGCGGCGCGUGAAGAGCAUCAGCGAUAUUGGGGCGUCGACGAGUGCGGGCAGUGUGGGGGCCUGCAGCCUGGGGGGCAUAUCGGCCUCCUCGGAGUCCCCGGAGUGAGAGUGAAAAUCUAGAUAGUUAGGCAGUAAUCACAACCAAAGAUACUCAGCUGUUUUCCCGCAUGAAAUCCCCCUCUUCCCGAACAAGAACCUACGACUAAUACCUUCCCAACUGCAUUUUGAGCUUAGAUUCUACGACAAGCAAAUCAAUUAUAUUCAAGUCAGUGUCAGACCCACCUACGAGAUACAAGCAUUCAGCAGAUACAGAUACAUAUGCGUCAAGCAAAAGAUACAAAUAAGCGAGUAAGACGAGAGUAAUUUGAUCAAAUCAGAUAGAACUACGAACUAUAUACCGACAUAGACAUAAGGGCUCUAUCCCAGAAUCCCCCAGAAUCAACUCGAAUAGAUUAAUUAAUCGCAUAUAUAGUACAUAUGUAAUACUAAUUGUAAUUGUAACUGUAAAGCUAGCUUUAAAAUUUGAAUUACCAUACUCACACACAUUUAUAAGCUGAUGUCGACACUGGAGAUGCAAUUGCAGUUUAGAUAAAUUGAAAUUAUUUUGUAACCAAAUAAAGACAAAGACACUAUCGUAGCUAAGCAAAUGAAAACGGAAACUAUUGAAUUAAAUUUGAUAAAUUAAUGGUCAGACUCGAAUACAGAAUCAAAUAUAUAUAUAAAUAGAAUAUGGUAAAUACAGAAACGCACUUCCCCAAAAAACGAAAAGAUAUGAAAACCCUCGCACAACCAAAGAAAUCAAGUCAAGUAAAGUCUUGGUGCUUCAUCCGCCAAUCUAUCAGUAUCAGAAAGAAUCCCCGAAAGUGUCAGGGUAUUAUUAAGCUGACCAAUUUAACUCUAGAACUAUGACAAAAACCAACUAUCGAAUAAACCAAUGAUCAAAACUCUGUUGUAAA